AUGCCUUUUGUUAACCCAACGACACCAAUUGGAAACCCAACACAGCCCAUCUCUUCACUUCAAAUUUUCUCUUUCUACCAUUUACAAUACUUUUGGGUGGGUGAGACUGAAAAGGGGAAAAAUUGUAUGUUGGGUUUAUGUUUUGGUGUUCUUGCGAUGGGAGAUAUCAUAGUGGAGAAAGUAGCCAUGGUGAAAAUACAGAUUUCUGGGUUGCAGCCAUGGAGUUUUGAGCUGGUUUACAGUGCUGUAGUGGGGGUAGUUGAAGCCCCCCCAAAGUUGGGACUACUGCAACAGGAUCUUUCCACCCAAAACCAAAAACAAGAACAACAAACUCAGGCAGGGGUGGGAAUUGUUCUUCGCAGUACUUCAGGGGAGUUUGUGGCAGGUGGGGCUCUUCCAAUUAUGGCUGAUUCCUCCUUGAUUACUGAAGCUUUGGCUGUGUUGGAGGGGUGCAAAUUUGCCAAGCAACAGGAUUGUGAUCACAUCGUAAUUGAAUCAGAUUGUAAGGAGAUUAUCAAUGCUCUUCAACGGUCCAUUUCAAGAGGCAGGUGGCAGGUAUAUCCGGUGCUCACCUUGAUCAACGAGUACCAGGCAGAUUUCAGGGAGUGCAGGUGGUCUUGGGUUCCCAGAACCGCAAACCUAGCAGCAGACCACUUGGCCAGGUUAGCAUCGUCGAGGAUGAGCCCAUCGUUUUGGGUCAAUAGACCCCCAUCCUCGCUGGUAGGAAUUCUUAAUAAGGACGGGUUACCUUGUCCACCCCAAUAG